AUGCCACUCUUCUCGGAAACUUCGUAAGAAAGUGGGCACAUUUCCUUCCUGGUGGUCAGUUUUAGUGAAACUUUGCUUACAAAGUUUUGGAUGUAUAGUUUUCAGUGUGUGGUGUGCGGUUAGCUUUGCUUCUUUAAUGGAAAUGUUGCUGAGUGUGUAUCUGAGUGUGUAUCUUCCCUUGAUUGUACUUCAUGUUUCUGAGGGCUGCAAUCUAGUAAACCACGGACAUGAAUUGAAAAUCAAAGCAAAUGUAUCCAGUGCCGUACUGCUGCCUUGCUUCUGCACAGACAUAAACACAACAGCUCAGAGUUUCCAGUGGAGGAAAAUAAAUAAGCCCAAAAACAUCUGGGGCAGCAUUAAUGAAAAAAGAGUACAGCUGGUUAAUGCAAGCUCUCCAGGGAAUCUCUCUUUAUUCAUAUCCAACCUGACUGUAGAAGAUGAGGGACUUUAUAGAUGUGAGAUUAGAUCCGGGAAUUACACAGACAUCCAUCUCACCAUUAAAGGAAGCACUCAAAUCAUCCAUGCAUAUGAAUUAACUAUCACAGCACAUGCAGGAGGAUCAAUACUGCUGCCGUGCCACUCCGCUAACCUAACCACCAAACCUAAGCGAUUCAAGUGGAGGAAAUAUAGUAUGUCCAAAACAGUGUGGGACGAUAUGUCCAGCGACAGACACCGAUUUCAGCUGGUUAAUGAUCACUCUCCAGGAAAUCUCUCUCUAAUCAUAUCACACCUGACUAAAGAGGAUGAGGGAGUUUACAGGUGUGAACUUGGAAGAGAUAAAUACACAGACAUGAAGCUUGUUGUUGAAGUCUCGUCAGAGCCUCUUCCUUUCGUCCCGUUUGCCGUGGUGACUGUGAUCUUUCUGCACAUUAUCGUGGCUGCGGUGUAUUGCAGCACCAGAAAGAAAGAUUCUUCCAGAGUUUACUACAGCACAGCUGACGGAGAGGAAAGUGUGACUCUGGAAUAGUGAAGCUCAACAGAAGAACAGAGGAAGGUUCAUUGUCAAGCUCCAAUCUAAUAAAUUUGCAUUGUUUAUUGUGCCGUGUUGUCCCAGAAUAUACAGUGUUAUGUGCUGUUUCUGGUAAACUGCAUUAUGUAAAAGCACUUCAAUCGCAAAAUUAACUGUGGACACUUUGUGUUUUUGACUUAUCGAGAAAAGGAGAGAGAGCACAAUUGUAACAACAGAACCAUUAGUUCUAGAUUUCAUUCGAAUCUAGAACCCCAAGCUCUAGAUGUUGGGACCAGAACCCCUAGCUCAGGAUUUUAACUUCUAGCUCUUGAUUUAGAGUAGUGUCACGAAUCCCAAUAGCUCUAGAAUUUGGGUCAAAUUGAGAACCCCUAGCUCUAGAUUUCAAGUCGAGCCCAGAACCCCUAGAUCAAAAUUUUGAGACAUGUACAGAACCCCUAGCUCUAGAUUUAUGCUCAAGCCCAGAACUCCUAGCCUCAUCACAACAUGCAUGCAUUUUCUUCUGUUAGCAACUGUAACUUUACCCGUAUCAUCAUCGAGUGCUGUACAUAUUCACUGAAAACAAAAUGGAGUCCUGUGUUAUGGUUUUACAGGCAAAGUGACACAAUUAGAGAUAGAUAGAUACAGAAUGCUUUAUUGAUUCCCAAGGUGAAAUUUGGUGUUACAACUGCCACAACAGUUCACAAGACUUUAAAACAGUUCACAAGAAUUUAAAAACACACAAUAAUCUCACAGUAUGCCACAAAUAAGAGGGAAUAAAAAUAUAUGUAUAAAUAGCUCUCCAUGUUAUUUAUAGACUAAGAUUCUUGUACAGAUUAACUGUGUGAAAAACAUUACAGGUUGGCAGCCUUCAAACUGUACGUUAGACAUGUAUGACGAGAUAACAUCACAUGUGUGAAAAUCGCUAUAAACUUACAUGUAUGUCAGGAAAAAUCUAAUUAAACCAUUGUACAUUCAUUGCACAGUUUGAGGCUAGCUAGGAAAAUAUAUUAAGUAGUUACAGUUGAUUAUUAGAUGUUAUAUCAAAGAAACUAUGAUUACUAUGGUAUGCUAUUUGGUUACGGUGGUUUAACCAUAAUUUUAUAUACAUAUAUUUUUUUUUCAGAUGGACAAGAUAUACACAAUACAUUGUGUAUAUGCACCAUAUGGCUAAAAGUAUUUGAACACCUGGCCAUCACAGCCACAUGUGGUUCUUUCCCAAACUGUUACCACAAAGUUGGAAGAACACAAUGGUAUAGAAUGUCUUUAUAUGCUGUAGCUUUACUGUAUGAUUUCCCUUCACUGGAACUAAGAGGCCCAAACCUGUUCCAGCAUGAUGAUGCCCCUGUGCACAAAGCGAGCUCCAUGAAGACAUGGUGUGUGAAGAUUGGAGUGGAAGAACUCGAGUGUCCUGCACAGAGCCCUGACCUCAACCCCACUGAACACCUUUGGGAUGAACUGGAACACCGACUGCACCCCAGACCUCAUCACACAACAUCAGCGCCUGACCUCACUAAUAAUCUUCUAGCUGAAGGAACACAAAUCCCCACAGCCAUGCUCCAAAAUCUAGUGGAAAGCCUUCCCAGAAGAGUGGAGCUUAUUAAAACUGCGAAGGGGAAUAAAUCUGGAAUGGGAUAUUCAACAAGCACAUAUGAGUGUGAUGGUCAGGGUUAUACAAACUUUUAUCCAUAUAGUGUAUUUUUCUUUAAUCAAGUGGAAUAGCUACAGCCGUAGAAAUGGGUAUUAUAAUUUAGCUAUACUGUCUUAUAAAAUCAAAUAACAGGACUAUGUAUCUAUUGAUAUUUCAUCUUUUGUGUCUUCUAAAAUCAGAUAAAGAUACGUAUACCACAGCGCUGUUGAAUUGUCGAUUCUGAUUGGUACGAAUGUAUUGAUUCAUUUUCUGAGCUGCAAAUGACAGGUUUGUAUUAAGGGGCUUCUUCUAAUGUGUUUUCUUUCAACAUAUACAGGGACUUCAAUGGUGGAAACGCACAUAAAUUAAUUAAAAAAACAUGUA